AUGGACCAAUCCAAGAAGGACACCACCCAGAACGUCAACCCCGAACCGAAAAACCUUGAGGAUAUUCAAGCCUACCAGAGGAAAUGGGAUGAGCUCAUGAAAGAUACAGAUAGGCAGAUUAAGCAGAUCCGAGAAGAAGAACGCCGCCGCGCGGCCCUGCAGCAGGCGCAGCAGCAGCAGCAACAGAAGGGCGAGUAUGACGAUGAUGGGUCCCUCCCCCUCCGGGCCACCGUCCACAAUGCCACCGUCCUGCUCAGCGGGGCGCUUCUCGCGGCCCUCGCGGCGCUCGUUAUAUGGCAGGUGUCCCAGCUGCACGUCCGAGCCCCGGUCUUACCCCGUCCACUGGACACUGCCCUGCGCCGGGUGACCGCCAUUCUAGCCUGGUGCAGCCGGCAAUGGUUUAUCGGCUCGCUGAUCACCUCGCUGGUCAUGCAGAUGGUCAUCCUGCCGUGCUUUGAACAGUGGAUGGGAGGUCGUAGCAGUCAGGAUGCACCGGGGUCCUGCGCCCCAUCGUUGACAUGGAAUAAUAACGAGGGUCCGGCCAAGUGGACUAUAGCGGUCGACGAUCCCGAGGCCCUGUUUUUGACCCUGGCGGCGAUGUUGGGACCCGAUGGAGUGACGAUGAGUAAACUCGAGUCGGCCAUGGCUGAACAUACAAAAACAGCCACGACAACAACAGGGUGA